UAGAUUUCUGAUAGGAUCUCUCAGUAGAUUUGAUAGAUCUCUCAGUAGAUUUCUGAUCAGAUUUCUGAUAGAUCUCUCGGUAGAUUUCUGAUUAGAUCGCUCAGAUUUCUAAUAGAUCUCUCAGUAGAUUUCUAAUAGAUCUAUCAGUAGAUUUCUGAUCCGCGUUCUCGGACCGAGAGAUUCGUUUUCGUGUUAAACAGACCCGCUCCCCCUUCCGACUCUUCCCCGGUUCCGCCCCGCCAUGUCCGAGCCGGUCCACUACAUCCACCUGCAGAACUUCAGCAAGUCUCUGCUGGAGUCCCUGAGCGCCCAGCGCGUGGAGGGGCACCUGUGCGACGUCACGGUCCGGGUGCAGGAGUCCUCUCUGCGGGCGCACCGCUGCGUCUUGGCCGCCUGCAGCCCCUUCUUCCACGACAAGCUGCUGCUGGGCUACUCGGACAUCUCGGUGCCCCCCCUGGUGCCGGCGGGCGCCGUGAGCCAGCUCGUGGACUUCAUGUACAGCGGCUCCCUGGUGGUGCUGCAGUCGGAGGCGCUGUGCCUGCUCACGGCCGCCAGCAUCCUGCAGAUCAAGAGCGUGAUUGACGAGUGCACUCAGAUCAUCUCUCAGAGCGCCGCCCCGGCGGGCGGGGCCAAGGGGGGCGGGGCCAAGGGCCAAGGAGAGGAGCCGGGCGCCAAGGCCUGCGCGCAGGACGUCCGAUACAAGCUGAGGGACUUGCUCUCCGGCUCUCCCAGGCCGCCCAGGUCUCCCCCCCCCUCUCCCCCCCCCUCGGGGGAGCACGCCCCCCUCGGAAGCAGAGGCAGCCAGUCAGGCUGCAGGUCGGAAGGGGGUGGGGCCGACAGCAUCUUCCUGGAGGGGGGUGAAGUCUUUCCGGAGAGUUUUAUCCCUAACUGGCAAACGCAGGCCGACACAGAACCAGACUUCCAGCAACAGCAGCAGAGCCCCGGGGGAGGGUUCGAGGGGCCAGGGGGGCACCUCUCCACCAGGGGGCGCCAUCCGGCUCAGAUCAAACCGCAGCAGCACACGCCCCCGCACUCCACAGGGACCUCCAGUCAGGUGCUCUUCCAGUACUGCGUCUCUCCAGCCCAGGCCACGCCCUCGUACUUCGUGGACACGCCCCCGGGGGCGGAGCCAGGUCCAGGAAUCCCGCCCCCUGCGGUUAGCCACGCCCACCCCUCCUCCUCUUCCUCCAUCGCCGCCUCUGCAGCGCCCGCCUCUUCCUCCUCCUCCUGCCAGGGUUCCGAGACGUCCUUCGACUGCACGCACUGUGGGAAGAGCUUGAGAUCGAGGAAGAACUACAGCAAGCACAUGUUUAUACACUCUGGUCAGAAGCCUCACCAGUGCAGUAUUUGCUGGCGCUCGUUCUCCCUACGUGACUACCUGCUCAAGCACAUGGUGGUCCACACGGGGGUGCGCGCCUUCCAGUGCGCCGUCUGCUCCAAGCGCUUCACCCAGAAGAGCUCCCUGAACGUUCACAUGCGCACGCACCGAGCGGAGAGGAGCUUCCCGUGCACGCUGUGCGACCGACACUUCAGCCAUCGCACCCUGCUGGAGAGACACUGCGCCCAGACACACCCCCCUGCACCGCCGCCAGCCAAUUAGAGAGAGGGGGCGGGGCCAGGCACACACGCACACACCAGCCCACAGUGAAACUACAGCACAGAGUAAUAAAGCACAGGGAAGCAUUGCAAAGCACA